UAGCGGCCCGGCUCGCAGCAGCGGCGGCGGGCGGCGUGGCCUCAGUUCUCCUCCGGACCCCGCGCCGUGAGCGUCCACAGCCGAGAGCAGGCGAGUUCGCGAACCGACGCCGCCGCCGCACUCCCGCGUGUUCCGUGAGCCAGCCAGCCGCCACCGGACGGAAAGCCAGCGAGCCAUGUCGUGCUGCGACUGGGCGUGGCGCGUGCUGGGACGCGCGGGGCUGUCGCGCUGCGCCGACCCGGACGCCGUGGUGCCGCUGGAGGCGGCGCUGCGGCCGCGCCCCCAGGUGCUGGCGCUCUUCUUCCUGCCCGCCGGGGGCGGCGCCGCCCCCGAGGACCACGGCGUCUUCACGGCGCGCCUGCUCGACCUGUACCGCCGCCUCAACGACGAGCCGGCCGGCGCGGAGGAGGAAGCCGGCGCCGCCGCCGCCGACUCGGCCGCCCCCGACACCAAGCGGCUGGAGGUGGUGCAGGUGCCUCUCACCAACGUGGACACGGCCGCCGUCGCGCUCCAAGACGCCGAGCUGGCCUUCCGCAAGGCCGCCGCCGAUCUGCCCUGGCUGGCCGUGCCCUUCCACGACAUGCACAGGAAGGCGCGGCUGUGCCGGCGCUAUCGCGCGCGCUCGGGCUGCCCGUCGCUGGUGCUGCUGGAGGGCGGGACGGGCCGCGUGCUGUCUGCGGCGGCGGGCGAGCACCUGCUGCGGGACCCCGAGGGCCGCGGCUUCCCCUGGCGGCCGCGCCCCGUCUCCCACGUCCUGCACGCCGCCGCGCUCGUCGCCGCCGACGGCAGCUCCACCGCCUUCCGGGACGUCGACGCCACCAUCGCCGGGCUCUACUUCUCCGCGCACUGGUGCCCGCCCUGCAAGGCGUUCACGCCGCAGCUGGUGGAGACCUACCACAAGGUGCGCGCCCGCGGCCAUCGCUUCCAGGUCAUCUUCGUCAGCUCGGACCGGAGCGCCGAGAGCUUCGAGUCCUACCUGUCGACGAUGCCGUGGCUGGCGGUGGCCUACGAGGAGGCGGAGACGCGCCGGGAGCUGGCGGCGCUGCUGCGCGUCCAGGGCAUCCCGGCGCUGGUGCUGCUGCACGCCGCCGACGGCAGCGUCAUCACCGACGACGGCCGCGCGCUCGUCAACGACGACCCGGACGGGCUGGAAUUCCCAUGGCAGCCAAAGUUGGUGAACAUCUUGACAGAGAGGUAUGCUGCAAGAAUACAUGACCAUCCAGCUAUUAUCCUAUUUGUUGAGGGGGAAGAAAGUGAAAUGGAGUUUGCCGAAGCUGUUCUGUUGCCUGCAGCUGAGGAAUAUGAUGCAGAGCACCGGCUUGAUGACACUGAAGAUAGACUCCAGUUUUUCAUUGGUUAUGAUAGUGAUACGAGUGACUUGCUCCGUGAGCUGGUGGGCAUUGAUGAUGCUGUACCCCUACUUGCUGCUGUGGACAUUCCUAGUGGAAGACUGGCGGUUAUGGAAGAUGGUGCUGAGAUAACUGAGGACUCUGUCCGGCAGUUUGUUGCAGCUUUCUGUGAUGGCUCUUUACCUACUGUUGAUAUAGGAUCUCCACAGGAUCAGGAAGAGGGACAACUUGUAGAGAUAGGGCAGUGUUAGAAGUAGAAUCAGCAAAAAACCUUUUGGAUACACAAUGUAACUACAGAUGUAACUGAAUCGUGUGACUUUGAGCUGAGUAUUCCAGAGGCAAGUAAAUCAGAUCAACAGUAAAAUUAUGCUGCAAGAAAAAGUACAUAGGAUUAAUGGACAGCACUUCAUAAGAUUUUCUUACAAAUACUGGAUUAUACUGCUCUAUAAGCUUAUCUUAACACUCUUUGACAUAUGAAAAUUACAGUAAAAUGUCUUUCACAAUAAAAUGAAAGAAUUAAGCUUAGACAGUAGUACGGUAACAUGGCAAAAUGAAUAAGGCAUGUUUCGGUAAUCCAAAAUUCAGUCAAGUUUAUUUUUAAUUACAGCAGAAUGAGGUCGAUGAUAAUUAAUGGCUGAAAUGCAGUUAAAUGACAAAAAAUUGUUUCUCUUUCUUAGGAAUAAUAAGGUAUAUUAACGCCUUUGGUAAGCAAGGAAUCAUAGUAAUAAAUCCAGAGUAAACUUUCAGUAACAUUAUAAAACUUUAGUUAUUUCAUACCACAAACAAGAAGACUAUUUAAACAAUGUAGCCCAUAAUUAUAAAAUUGCAAAUGUUAACAACAGAUACAGUAUUUUAAAAUGUUUAUUUUAAUGAAUUCUUUUAUAAAUGAACCAAAAUAUAUGUACCAAAGAUAUCUAUAAAGGAUGCUAUAGCACUGUCAGUGAUAUUAGCUGCUGUCUUCUACAUUCAUGUUGCAUCAUGAUUUUCAAAUGAGAUAUUUCAGACAUAGUUGUAGCCAUCUUUCAGUUUUCUACAUGAAUGGGACUCCAUGACAUUUGUAAGGAAUGGAAUAAAAGUAUCAUCUUUAAAAUGAAGUUAUUCCCUUUCCUGAUAAUUAACGUAAGGCUACAGUAUGCUGCCAUAAGUUCAAAUAAUAGAAACCACCUUAAAUUAUCAUCCUUUUUAUAUUCAGUAACACAGAUUAAAUCUAUAUACACUUUUUUUGUACAUAUAACUGCAAAUAAACUUGUGAUGUGCAUCCUGAAUAUUUAGAUGAGUGAGAGAUAAAAGAAAAUGUGUCAUGCUGGGUCAUCUGAGGAUUAACAUUUCAUGCUGGGCAUGACUCAGACCUAUAGGUUUUUACACGUAACUAUACAGAUGGCUCCAUCAAUUUUCAGACUAAUUUGUCUUCAAAUAUGGCUACACAUAGGUCAAAACAGGUUGCUAACAUUAGUAAGUGUGAAAUACUUUGUUGCAUAAAGUUAUUAAAUAAAUGUUCAAUAAAAUAAGAGCUGCCCUGAAGAAACCUUUUUACACGUUGCUUUCAAAUUAAGAUCUGUUGCAUGUCAGGAAUUUUACAGGAGAAGGUAAGUGACUGAAGAUUUAGGUAGCAGCAUAUUCAUAUCUUUCUGAGCUGAAGUCAGUUAUAAUGAAAAGUGAUAAAUAUGAAUUUGACUUUUAUGCAUAUAAAAUGCAGAAUGUUCCACUUUAUUUCAUAAUACGGUAUCAUCAGCAAUUUUUCUUCUUUAGGGCCAGCAACGUAACAUAUGUCUGAUGACGACAUGAUUAUUAGAAUAGAUGCACUAAACAGCUGCUUAUAAUAAGUAAUCUAUAUUCAUGACAGACUGUUUC